CUUUAGAUAUGGCCACUGAUCUGCACAUAGUGAUGCUUCCAUGGUCGGCCUUUGGCCACUUGAUCCCUUUCAUCCAUCUUGCUAUUGCCUUGGCCAAAGCAGGUAUCCGGGUCUCCUUCCUCUCUACUCCUAGAAACAUCCAAAGACUCCUUAAAUUACCGUUAAAUCUAGAAGCUACAAUUAAUUUUGUGGAGCUUCCCUUCCCCCUUGUCAAUGAUGGAAAUCACUUACUAGAAGAUAUGGAGGCCACUGUUGACCUCCCCUCAGAGGAAUUACUUCCAAACUUUGUUGCUGUUUACGAUCUCCUCCGUCACCCUUUCAAGCAAUUCAUCACAACUGAAUUGCCAGAUUGGAUAAUCCAGGACUUCAUGCCACAUUGGGCAGUUGAGGUAGCUCAAGAGUUUGGGUUGAAAGUUAUCUGCUUCUCUGCCUUGGGCGCCGCAGCUAUGGCCUUUGCUGGACCACCAGAGUACAUGACCGGUGAUGAGUUCAAAAGAGUUCGUCCAUCACCUGAGAGUCUUACAUUUACACCAAACUGGAUUACAUUCCCAUCAUCAAUCACCCUACGACCCUAUGAGGCAAACAGUUACUAUGGUGCCUUUCAUGAGGGGACCAUUUGUGAAAGGGUAGCUGCAGUCCUUCAAGGAUGUCAGGCCUUUGCCAUACGUAGUAGCAGUGAGUUUGAAGGAGAGUACAUAAAAGUACUUGAGAAGAUUUACAGGAAACCUGUAAUUACUGUUGGAUUGCUUCCACCAGUACAACUGCCAUCAAUGGGAAGAGAGUUGGAAAGUGAAGAGUGGUGUAGAAAACUUCAAUGGCUCAAUGAGCAAAAACCCAAGUCCGUUGUGUUUGUUGGGUUUGGUAGUGAGAGCAAAUUAAGAAAAGUUCAAGUGGAUGAGAUAGCUUAUGGGUUAGAGCUCUCAAAUCUGCCAUUUCUAUGGGCACUUAGGAAGCCUCACUGGGCAACAGAGGUUGCGGACAUUCUACCGGAUGGUUUCAAUAAUAGGAUAGCUGAUCAUGGAGUGGUCUACUUGGGAUGGGCUCCACAGUUGCAAAUUCUAUCCCAUCCUUCCAUUGGGGGAUCUUUGUUUCAUGCUGGUUGGGGUUCUAUUAUAGAGACACUCCAGUAUGUUGAUCGCCUAGUUGUGUUGCCACUGAUGAAUGAUCAAGGACUAAAUGCAAAACUAUUGGUGGAGAAGGGUCUGGCUAUUGAAGUCGACAGAAAUGAGGAUGGAUCCUUUCAUAGGGAAGCCAUUGCCAAGUCUUUGAGACAGGCCAUGGUCUCUGAAGGAGAGAGUUUGAGCCUGAAAGCAAGAGAAGUCAAAAGAAUUAUAGGUGACCAGACACUCGACCAAGACUACUACAUUGGUGGGCUUGUCCAGUACUUGAGAAAUGGAGCUGCAAAAAAAAAUUUGUCAUGAAGUUGGUUGGACUAGCUGGACUACUUCCCUUCAUCUCUCUCAAUCUCACACAUACACACAAGGGAUAAUAAAACAAUGUAGCUAUUGACUUUUC